UCGAAACUUUGUAAGUAUUUUUACCGGAAGUUUAUACACGGUUACCGUUCGUUUGGAUUCCUAUCACCAUUGCAACAAUGGCAAGACUGAAUGCUCCAAUAAUCCUUCUUAAAGAAGGCACUGAUACUUCUCAAGGAAAGCCACAAAUUUUAAGUAACAUAAAUGCUUGCAUGACAAUAGCAGAUGCUGUGCGAACUACACUAGGUCCUAGAGGGAUGGACAAACUUAUUAUUGAUGAAAAAGGUAGUGUUGUGAUAUCAAAUGAUGGUGCUACUAUAUUAAAAACAUUAGACAUUGUUCAUCCAGCUGCCAAAACUCUUGUAGAUAUUGCCAAGUCUCAGGAUUCAGAGGUUGGAGAUGGUACUACUUCUGUAACACUUCUAGCUGGAGAAUUCUUAAAGCAGUUUAAACCAUUCAUUGAGGAAGGAGUUCAUCCUCAGAUUAUUGUUCGUGCAAUACGUAAAGCCUUGGCAAUGGCUUUAAAGAAAAUUAGUGAUAUAUCUGUUCGCAUUAAAAAAGAAGAUGCUAAAGAGUUCAGAGAAUUGCUAGAGAAAUGUGCAGCAACUGCUUUGAGCUCCAAAUUAGUGGCAGCACAUAAAGAAUUCUUCUCCACAAUGGUUGUGGAUGCUGUACAAAUGUUGGAUGAUUUGCUUCCUUUAAAUAUGAUUGGUAUCAAGAAAGUUCAAGGAGGUGCACUUGAGGACUCUUUAUUAGUAGCAGGUGUCGCAUUUAAGAAAACAUUCAGUUAUGCUGGAUUUGAAAUGCAACCCAAGAAGUAUGAAAAUCCUAAAAUUGCAUUGCUCAAUAUUGAAUUGGAGUUAAAAGCUGAAAAAGAAAAUGCGGAAGUCCGAGUUGAAUCUGUUCAGGAGUACCAAAACAUUGUUGAUGCAGAAUGGAAAAUUCUUUAUGAAAAAUUAGAGAAAAUCUAUCUAUCUGGUGCCAAGGUAGUGCUUUCAAAGCUUCCAAUUGGUGAUGUGGCAACACAGUAUUUUGCUGAUAGAGAUAUGUUUUGUGCUGGUCGAGUUCCAGAAGAGGAUUUAAAACGUACUAUGAAAGCUUGUGGAGGAUCAAUUCAAACAUCAGCUCAAAAUCUGACACCUGAUGUCCUUGGUUCUUGUGAAAGUUUUGAGGAAAGUCAAGUUGGCAGUGAGAGGUUCAAUUUCUUUAAAGGUUGCCCUCAAGCAAAGACAUGUACCAUAAUCCUAAGAGGGGGUGCUGAGCAGUUUAUGGAAGAAACCCACAGAUCACUUCAUGAUGCCAUUAUGAUUGUUAGAAGGGCAAUGAAAAAUGAUUCUGUUGUAGCAGGAGGUGGUGCCAUUGAAAUGGAACUGUCCAGCUAUUUGAGAGAGCAGUCUAGAACAAUACAAGGGAAAGAACAACUACUUAUUGCUGCUUAUGCCAAAGCUCUGGAAGUUAUUCCUAGACAGUUAUGUGAUAAUGCUGGAUUUGAUGCCACUAAUAUCUUGAACAAACUUAGACAGAAGCAUGCUUCUGGUUCUAAAUGGUCUGGGGUUAAUAUUCUUCAGGAAGACAUUUCAGACAACUUUGAGGCUUUUGUCUGGGAGCCUUCUGUUGUGAAAAUAAAUGCAUUAACUGCUGCUUCAGAAGCUACUUGUCUGAUUCUCUCUGUAGAUGAAACUAUUAAAAAUCCUAAAUCUGCUCAGGAUGCACCUAUGGGCAGAGGAAGAGGAAGGCCAAUGUGAUCAGUUUACUUUUGACAUUUGUAAAAAAAAAACAAAACAUUUUUUAAGAUCUACUUGUCUUUGCCUGCUGCAUUAACCAAUAGGAUAAAAGACAUUUUUUUCCAUUAUCAGCUUAAUUUUGAUCAAAUAGUUGGAGUUGUUUGUUCUGUGAGGAUGUCAAGAAGAAUUGUGUGCUGUUUCUUUGUUCUCAUACAUAUUUAUAAUUGAUUAAAUAGAUUUCAUACAAAACAAAUAUUUACUUUUAAAAAAUUUUUUAAAAUAGGGGUUAAGGGUUAGGAUUAAAUAGUUGUCAAGAAUUUCUGAAAAUGUUCUGAAUAAAAUUGGAAAAUCACUUUA